AUGGCAUCUCUACUUCGACUUCGCCCUGGCCUAGCCCAAUGUGUCCGGCAUGCCAGGGCCCCUUGCCCGGUGGCGACCCGCUCAUAUGCGACGGCCGGUCAACCGUCAGCAUUCGGCCGACCUUCGCCAGCUUCUGUUGACUCGGGAGGUUCCUCAGGAGGAGGCAAGAGGGACAACAGCGGGAUGGCCAUGAUUGCAGCAGGACUGGGACUGGGCGCAGGCUUCUUGUACCUAAUGACCAAUCCAAAGUCAGCACAUGAGAGGGCCAAGGCGCUCCCGGAAACGGCAAUGUCUCACAGCCGCAUCGAAGCCGGGGACAACCAUCAAGUGCUGCGCAAUGAGCGCGAGCACAAGUAA